CCUAGCUCUGCUCUCGAACCAGCAGUAUCGAAGCCCCAUCCACAAUGCAACCACAACACCAUCGUGACCCCACCAAGCACCCCGACCGCUCUCGCCUCAACAGCGUACCAGCUCUUCGAGGACAUUCGGGACGUAUACGCUGCACUCACUCACUUGCCCAGUCUGGCACCAGGCCCCGAGAUUAACGCGCUGCUCACACGCUUGGUUGACCUCUGCAUACAACCUUACGGCGAGGCGUUUUCAAAAUACUUUUUCUCACUUCAGGGUGCAUCUUCGCUCUGUGAGUCUCUCCGACCGCUCUGCGGCGCCGCAGAAGGAGAACUGGAGCGCUACUGGGCGGAAAGGAUAUUGGGCUCUUCUUCCUCUUCAUCAGACCGCUACCGGAGCGCCUACAUCCACAACAUCGACCGCGACGUCUGCGCCCUGAAGAUCUCCGCUGCACUGGCACAACGAUGUGGGUAUGCAGCACGAAUGACGUUCUCGUGCGAGGAAGUCGGCGGUAUCGAUGAAUCUCGCAGCCCAUCUGCCAGGGACAGUGAAGAAUUUUGUGUCUCACACAUGAGCAAUUGGCGGUCAUUCGACGUUGUCUUCCUUGCGGCGCUGGUGGGCAUGAAUUCUUCGUCGAAAAUACAGAUGUUGGCUUCUUUGGCGAGGAAGUUGGAAAGGGGCACGUUGGUUGUGGCGAGGAGUGCGUGGGGGGUUAGGGGGGUUUUGUAUCCGGUGCUCGAGCUAUCAAAUGAUUUGUUGGAUGCUGGCUACGAGGUUCUGGGGGCCGUGCACCCCUGGACGAAAGUAGUGAAUAGUGUGGUUGUUUUGAGGGUG